CUGGAUCACAGGACCAAACCAACUACGAUCCAGGUGACAGAGGCUGAGGUUAAUAUCAGGGUUGCAUAGGACCUGAGAAUCUGCAUGUGAUACCAGUUGAGCCCCAUAAAGGCAGUACAAUCAAAGAAAUACCCAGCAGGGUGAAGACUGUGCUGGACAAGCAGUUGGAGUGAGAAUCAAGACAGCUGGAUCACAGUGCCAGACCCACCACAACCCUUGUGACAGAGAGGAGGGGCCUUCUGCUCUUCAUCUCAGCCAGUGGGUGGAGCCUUCUCUGAGCUGCUUGGCAGUGAGCUGUGCCUGGCCAGUCUUGGGGGAGGAGCUGCAUUUCUCCAGGCUGCAGCUGACAAGAAGCUUCAAGGUUAAUAUCAGAGUUCCAUGAGACCUGGGCAAUCUGCAUGUGAUUCCAGGUGAGCCCCAGAAAGACAGUACAACAACAGAAGUGCCCAGCAGGGUGAAGGUUGUGCUAGACAAACAGUCGGAGUAAGAAUCAAGACAGCUAUAUUACAGGACCAGACUAUCACAAUUCUUGUGGCAGGUAUCUUCGGUAUUGUCCUAUUCAAACAAUUCAAACAACGUGUUCACGCAUCCUGGGGUUAUUGUAGUGGAGAAGACAAAACACAAGCUAUAAACUCUUUGUAGUCCUAAAACAAAAGAGACUUUGUUGAGAGUAUUGUUUUGGUAGGAACUGUGUUUGCAGUAACAAGGACAGCAAGCCACCUCAACCUCUGAUAAGAGCUCCUUGGCACACAACUCAAAAUCAUCAUGGAAGUUGAGUAUGUCCUGUGCAAUUGGAAAGACCAGUUAUGGCCAGCGAAAGUUUUGUCCAGAUCUGAAACUUCAUCAGACAGAAAGAGACAAAAGACAAUUUCCCUAGAAGUUCAAAUACUCUCACUAGAUGAGAAAAUUGAAGUGGAUAUCACAGAAACAAAGAUUCUUGAGAAAUCUCAAGUUGAAGCCAUUGCCUCCUCUCUUGUGCUACAGUCAGAGGACAAUGCCCCACCUCAAGAGGAAACAGCUUACAGAAGAUCACUAAAAGUGGCACUGGAUAUCCUGAAUGAGAGAAAAAAAAUGAGUCAAGCAAGCAUUUCACAUGAAGAAGAGACCAUUGUGAUAUCUGACAACGAACCACAAAAGCUGUCUGAUUCACCCCCUCGUAAAAAGUAUCGGAGGCAUGAAGAGGACUUACAGGAGUCUCUUGAGGAAAAUAAAAACCCAACAUCCCUGAUAAUAUCUUCAGAGAGUGGUAAUUCCCUGCCUGAUGAUAAAUUACAGGUGAACACAACUAUUGAUACUCCGAGUGAAAUGGAAACAAAGUCAUCACAGAACCCCAUUUGCCAGACUUUCCCUUCACUUUCAGAAGAUGAUGAUGAAAAAGAGAAGAAAAAGAUUGACACAUCAGCAAUUUUAUCUGUAAGUUCCACAGUCAAAGAAGAGAAUGCACAUGUUAAAGAUGAAAAGCUUGUUCCAUCUUUGUCAUCAGAUAUUGUCACUAAGCCCAAAGCCUUGAAAGAAGAAGAAAAAAACAUAUGCUCAGAGACCACUGCUGUUUCCUCUGAAUGUUCUACGUUCUCAGAGAAUAUUGAAGAUCCUGGAGAAGGUCCUUCAAAUCCAAAUCCAUGCACAGAUGCCACCCAGGAUCAACCUUCUGUGGAAUCAGAGAUAGGUGCUGCAACAUCCUCUGCAAGUUGUUCAGGGGAAUGCCAGGCUUCAGUUAGUGCCUCUAACCCUGUCCUGGAUUAUUCACUUCUUGUGAAUAAUGAAAGAAGUUUUCAGAGGCUGGAUUUAGAGGAACUUGAGGAAGACAUUCAAGCUUCUGACAAGUCACCGAAUCUAAAUCCUGUUAGUGCUUCUGCACUAGAUGACAAUGAGGAAGAUGAAGAACUCCCACGCUUCAUUUUAAAUUAUGAGCCACGUUCAUUUGAAACAGGAAUGAUAGUCUGGUUUAAAUAUCAAAAAUACCCAUUUUGGCCAGCAGUGGUAAAAAGCAUCAGGCGUAAAGAGAGAAAAGCAAGUGUGCUUUUUGUUGAGGCAAACAUAAAUCCUGAGAAGAAAGGCAUUAGAGUACCAUUCAGAAGACUAAAAAAGUUUGAUUGUAAGGAGAAACAAGCACUAGUGGAUAAAGCCAGGGAGGAGUAUAGUGAAAGUAUCGACUGGUGCAUUUCAUUGAUUUGUGACUACAGAGUUAGAAUAGGUUGUGGAUCUUUUACAGGCUCUUUCCUUGAGUACUAUGCUGCUGACAUUAGUUAUCCAAUCAGGAAAGCAAUCAAACAGGAUACCUUCAGGAAUCGAUUUCCAAAGCUCCAGAGUGAUGAUACUGUGGAACAAAUGGUUGUGACUUCCCAGACCAAGAAAAUGGCCUUCCAGAAAAUUCUCCCUGACCGGAUGAAGGCUGCUCGGGACCGAGCCAACAAGAACCUGGUGGACUUUAUUGUGAAUGCAAAGGGAACAGAAAACCAUCUUUUGGCCAUUUUAAAAGGCACCAAAGCAUCCAGAUGGCUGAAAUCAUUUUUGAAUGCAAAUAGGUUCACACCCUGUAUUGAAACAUACUUUGAAGAUGAUGAUCAGUUGGAUGAAGUAGUAAAAUAUUUACAGGAAAUCUACAAACAAAUAGAUGAAAGCAUGCUGACUCGGAUAAAACAUGACAAAAUUAAAUUCAUCCUGGAAGUUCUCCUGCCAGAAGCAAUUAUUUUCUCAAUUUCUGCUGUUGAUGGAUUAGAUUAUGAAGCAGCUGAAGCAAAGUAUCUAAAAGGGCCUUCUCUCGGCUAUAGGGAAAGAGAAUUAUUUGAUGCAAAAAUCAUAUUUGAAAAGAGACGGAAACCAUUAACAAAUGAAGCUCAUUAAAUAUCCCAAGAGUCAAAACCAUAACAAGGAGCUUUUACAGAUGUUAGUUUAAAAAAAAAUCUCAUUUCAACAGUUCUCUCUACAAUGUAAAUAUUUUCUGAAAAGGAAAGACUUUGAGCAACAUGUUCACUUUUUUUUUUAAAGAUCUCUAGGAUCUGCAGAGAUCACUACAUGUUUAUUUUCUUAUGCUUCUUCAGAGUCAAUUUCAUCAGCAUAUUUCAGAAUUUUUACUUUCAAAUACAUUUUUAGAAUGCAUAAUUCCUAAAUGAUUUUUAAAAUAAAGGACUCUUUGGUUUUAUGACAUUUUUGUGUGUAUGCUGUAUAGGAAAAUGCAGUAUGCACAAUCAUUUCAAUAUUAAAAUUGCACUGGUGUUAGAUAUUAAGCAAGAUAGUUAGAAAAGAAGUCUAAAAGAAACAUGAUUAUAUUUUUUUGCUUAAUUUUUUAUAAAAUACUGGGUUUUCUCUUAAAAUAGUUGAAUUAUUUUUCCUGCCAUGCCUAUUUAUUUUUGGAAAAAAAGUAUCUCUAAGACAUAGAACCAAAGAUAGAUGAUAGAUAAGCUUUGCUGCAUAUUAUAACUAACCACAGUUGCUUUUGCAAAAUAGUCUAAAGUUUAAAAAUAAAGUAAAUGGAUUAUCUGCAUGCAGUCUAUAUUUGUGUGAAUAACAUUUCAGCAUGCAGAAAAAUAUUUCAGCAGCCUUGAACAGGAUAACCAAUUCUAUACUUCCAUGAAAUUCAGUUUUGUUCAGUGUCUGUCCUUAAAAUGGUUGAAUAGUUUGUUAAAACAGACAGGCUUUUGGCUGUCUUCAUAACUAACCAAGAGUGGAUCUUCUUAUUAUAGCUGUCUGACCACAUGUAAAAGGCAGCUACAGUCAUUGUAUCCACAGUCUGGUCACUCUAAAGUCCAGACUUACUGCUUAAGAGCCCAUGUAGUUUGAUG